AUGGCUCCCGUCGCCGGUCGUCGGCAUCCACGGUCGGAGGAGGAGGCAGAAUUUGCAGCAGCCGUCGCCGCCGGACAGGAUGGCGACGAGGAGCCAUCUGUGGAGGUGGCGUUCGCGGGCCAGCCGCCGCCGCCGUGGUGGCGGCAGGUCACGGCGCGGUCGGUGGCUGUGAGUGCGGUGCUGGGCGCCGUGCUGAGCUUCAUGUCGAUGCGGAUCGGGCUGACGGCCGGCGUCGGCCCGACGUUCAACAUCGUGGCGAGCCUCCUCGGCUUCUUCGUGAUCAAGUCGUGGACGCGGCUGCUGGCCCGCUUCGGCGUCGCCUCCCAGCCCUUCACCAGGCAGGAGAACGUCGUCCUCCAGACCUGCGUCAUCUCCUGCUCCACCCUCUCCUUCUACGGUACCGUACGUCCGCCCGUCCACGCAGCCGCGCACGCACACGGCCAUUUCCACCAGGUUUUUUGCUCAGCCGGCGGCCGUGAUUUGCCAUUUGCAGGUGGUUUCACGACCUACCUACUCGCGAUGACCGAGACGGUGGCCAAGUCCGCCGGCGGGACCGGCACCGGCAAGGACGUGUACACGCUGCACACCGGGAACGUGGUGGCUUUCCUCGGCCUCGUCACCUUCGCCAGCUUGUUCUGCACCCUCCCGCUGCGGAAGGUGAAGUUUCCGACCAAGAGUCACCACCAUUUCCAUGUCUUUGCUAUGAAAAAACUGAGACAUUUCGCCAUUGUUUGGCAGCUCAUGAUACUGGACUACAAACUGAUGUAUCCAUCUGGUUCGGCUAUCGCCGGAAUCGUCAACAGCUUCCAUACACCAGCGGGAGCCGCAACAGCAAAGAAGCAAGUGAUGGCCAUGUCCAAAGCCAUUGUUGGAAGCUUCAUGUGGGCAUCCUUCCAGUGGGUUUACACGGGAGGAAGCGGCUGCGGCUUCCAAGAUUUUCCCAUGUUCGGAUUGAAGGCAUAUAAGCAGAAGUUUUACUUUGAUUUCUCCGCGAGUCUCGUCGGCGUGGGCAUGAUCUGCCCUGUCCUCAUCAACUUCUCCAUGCUUUUCGGGUCUAUCAUUACCUCCUUCAUCCUGUGGCCAACCCUCCAGAGCAAGAAAGGGGACUGGUACAACGAUCCUUCGCCGACAAAUUUCAGGGGAAUCAAUGGAUACAAGGUGCCCAUGGGCAUAUCGAUGGUGCUUGGGGAUUGUCUGUUCCAACUGGGUUCAAUCACCAUAAGGGCUGCCAACCACUUCCACAAGAAUCGCCAGCAACGGAAUCCAGGCAGUACCAACAUACCAGCCGAUGGAAAUUCAGAUAAACAAACAGCUCUUAGCUAUGAUGAGCGUCGGAGGAACAAGAUCUUUCUGAACGAAGGACUGCCGGACUAUGUCUCGGUUGCUGGCUACAUCCUCCUCGCAGCCGUCUCAGCAAUCUUUGUUCCACGUAUCUUCCCACAGAUCCGAUAUUACCAUGUGGCCUUAUUAUACGCUGUCGCUCCCAUCCUGGCAUUCUGCAAUUCAUAUGCUUCUGGACUGUGUGACUGGUCCCUGGCACCCGUCUACGCGAAGCUUGCUAUAUUCCUUGUUGGGGCAUGGGUUGGUGAAGCAUCUGGUGGCGCCAUUGCCGGUCUUGCUGCCUGUGGUGUCAUGUUGAUGAUCAUUGGCAAUGCCGCUGAGCUCAUGCAUGACUUCAAGACAGGAUACCUAACACUCACCUCGCCACUGUCCAUGUUCAUAAGCCAAGCAAUUGGGACUGCACUUGGUUGCUUGAUCAACCCGCUUGUCUUCCUGUCCUUCGAAAAACUUGUCGGCAAAGAGCAUCUGGGGGAAGCUGGAUCGGUAUUCUCGGCUCCCUUGGCCACCGCAUACCGUGGGCUCGCAGUUUUAAGUGUUGAAGGAACCAAGAUACUCCCAAGGCACUCCAUUGAGUUCUGUGUAGCUUUCUUCCUUAUGGCCUUUUGCCUGGAUUGCCUGUCAGCAGUAGCCAAAGCAAAGAAGUGGAAGGCAAGUAACUACAUUCCAAACGCCAUGGCUAUGGCAAUUCCAUUCUUAAUUGCACCGAAUAUUGCAAUAGACAUGGCCUUGGGGAGUCUACUGUUAGUUAUCUGGAAGAAAACAGAUAAGAAAAACGCAAAUAAGCUUGCAGUUGUAGUAGCAUCAGGUUUGAUCUGUGGAGAUGGACUUUGGGCAUUGCCAUCAGCACUACUUUCAAUUUUCCAAAUCGAGCCACCCAUCUGCAUGAAGUUCUUGUCUAGUCAUCAGAUGAAGGUAGUGCGGACUUCCUACCCAAAGUGA